CUCUCUCUCUUUUCAUGGUCUCUCUUCUUAUUCUCGGUUUAGGUUGGUCAGGCACUUUUCUUGUCGAACUUUUAGAAGCUCAAGAACAAAAAGAAUUCUCAUACGUUGCUACUACGCGUGAUGGUCGCAACAAUACUAUUACAUGGUCCCUUGGUGAUGAUCCUUCUUCUGUCCAUGUCGAUACACUCCCGGCGGCUGACACUGUGUUGGUAACCUUUCCUGUUAAAGACCCAGCUAUGAUGAAAGCUCUUAUGGUUGCCUACAAUGAGAUUCAACCCACAGCACAAUGGAUUCUUUUGUCUUCCACACGACCCUUCACCCAUCCAACCAAUGAUCGUCAUUCUCCUUUAGAUAUAUCAAAAGAUACUGGUCGUAUGCCUGCUGAACAAGUAUUAUUAGAACGACAAGGAACUGUUUUACAUCUUGCUGGUUUAUGGGGUGCGCAAAGGCAACCAAAGAAUUGGGUGAGUCGAUUUCCAACCAAAGAUGCAUUGAAGAACAAGUUAUUGGUUAGACAAUUACAUCUUAUUCAUGGCAAGGAUGUAGCUAGAGCAAUAUUGGCAGUACAUAUAGGAUUCAAAAAGAAUAAUGCAAUGGGACAACGAUGGAUAGUGACGGAUGGUGGAUGUUAUGAUUGGCUCAAACUCUUCUCAACAUGGGCCUCUUCUGAUCAAUUAGAAACACUUCAGGAUUUAUUGGAUCAUGAUCAUCAAGUACAACAGAUAUGGGGUAAAGGACAAACUCUGAAUUCUUUGAUUGAACAAAGUGGCAUUCUUCCCCGUUUGGAUUCUCAUGAAUUCUGGCAAACUUUUGAAUUGCAACCCAAGGAAUUUCUUUCCGUAGUAUAGUAUUUAUUUUUGGUAGAUUAGAUUAUACAAAAUUAGUUGCCUUUAUUUUAUAUAUUGAUUGAUUUUGUGAAAUAAAGAGAUAUCAAUGUUGUAUAUAUA